GUUAAAUAGUCAUAUGUCCUCAGAUGCACACUCCUGCUACGGUGAAGGUAGUAGGGCCAUGGGCGAGGUUCUGAUAGCUUGGGUAGAGAAUAGAAGCCUCCCUGCAGGGCUACUCCCGCCGCUACAUGGUGCCGAGCUCCACUUUGAGAGCGUGAGUCGCUUCCAGCUGUACUAGGUUCGUCUCCGCUCGCACCAUUCAGCGGCC